UGACGUAGUAGGCCAAGCACGGCCCUUCUGGAGCGGACCGACUUCUGAUAAGACUCCCUGGCUGACCUUGCUGUUGAUCGCUGACCACAAACAACACACCGUCCAGGGAAAACAUGACAACCCAAAGUUUACCUGUUAUGCCACAGCUGUCAGUGCCUCCAAUUCCCUCAUUAGCCAGCUCGGGAUUCAGAAUAUCAAAAGAGCAUUUGGUGGUUGCGGUGCCGGUUGCAGUGGUUGCAGCUGUUGGAGGUUUCCUAGUCAGCCAUUACCUGAGCGGGCGGAGCUGUAAAAAGGGCCAGGUGAACACAUCCAUCAGUAAAGAUAGUCCCAAAGUGGUCCACAGCUUCGACAUGGAGGACAUCGGCACCAAGGCUGUGUACUGCCGCUGCUGGAAGUCAAAGAAGUUCCCUUACUGCGACGGAGCGCACACCAAACACAACGAGGAAACCGGGGACAACGUCGGACCGCUCAUCAUCAAAAAGAAGGAUGCUUAAGCCAACCAAUCCGAGAACCCCGCCCAUCCCUUGACUUCUCAUGCACCCGGCCCCAGUUUGUCCCAUCAUUUACCAUCAUCAUUGCAGUGUCACGCUGAUGGUUACGGUAUGACAGUCACAGUUGACCCAAACGGUGGAUAUUCUUUAUAGCCCACAACAGAAACUCAAAGUGCUAAAACUGUUGAUGAAUUUUGAUUUUCAUACUUUCCACACUGUUCCUACAUUAACCCACAUGACUUUGAAAUCAAAGGUCAUUUGAGGAGAGACAAGGAAGGGACUUCGACAAUCAGCACAGUCAGACGUGGAGGUACUAUGACCGCGCAGUUGCAUUUUGACCUGCUUCGUGUGAAGUUUUUGUUAAAAUUCUCACCGGACCUGAUAUAAGUGACAUAUUUCACUAUGCAGGCAUUGUACCUUCACGCCUGCCGUCACCUGUGUCCCCUCCCUUUUUGACUCCUCUAGGUGUGGAGCAGGUGGUUGAAACAUAAUGAACUGGCAGCUCUUUACGUCAGUCAGUCCAGUAUUCCAUUUGAAUUCAGCAAAGGCCUUAUAUUUAAAUCCACAGCCCUCAACCCAGAGUCUCAACACACACAACCCGUAUGAACGUUACAUGUUAUGAUUUUUGCACAAAGAGCUGCUUAGUCCGAGGAAAUUGAAGUGAUGUUUGUCUUAAAUGAAAUAAUCUCCAAUCUUGAUGUGUUGAAACACUAUCUGCUGUUUGUAACCAGUUACUGUCUGCUUUCUGAGGAAACUUGUAUUUAAUCUGUAAAGUGUUCAAAGGUAAAAACUCUGCUUACAAAUGAUCUAUUUUGCUUUUUCAUUAGAUUUAUUUUCUACUGGCUGCGGCGUGUCUGACUUGAUGAUUCAUUGUUCUGUAUAUUGUGAAUAAAACUUGUCGAGUGAUCUGA